AGGCGAGCCCAGACAGCGGGGAAGGGGAGGACCGGGGCCAUUCACUGACAGCAGCACAGUUAUGUUCAGAUAAACACAACUCAGUGCUUUUCGACGAGGGGCUGGUCACACUGAAGAAACGGUGUAGUAGGCUACCGUCCUCAGGUUUUCCCCUGAGCUCUCUAGCCACGGACACGAAUACUGGAUAUAAUUGUGAAACCACCACGGUGGUGAGCAUCCCUUUAAGAGCCUCCUCUAAUAAAGGUGUUGAGCAUCCCUUUAAGAGCCGUGUGUGCAGUGUGGAUAUAGUGUGAACCUGCCUGGAGAGCUGGAUGUGGAGCAGUGAGAGUGUCGCUGCCCGGCUCUCUCCUGGACAGAGGGACACAGAGACAUCGGCUACCCGCUGAGCCUCUCUCCUACCUGGGCGGUGAGGCUGGACCUCCACCCUUCCCCUAGCUGAGGACCAAGGGAGCCCUCUAGAGAACCACAGGAGACCUCAAAGCAAUGUGACCACUGACUGAACCAAGCCAGGACCAAACAGGCUGUUAUGGAUCUGAGAAGAAGACACAGAAGAAACAGCAUGCUAUGAAUCCCUGCUUGUCCAGUCACAAUGGUCCCAGUUCUGUUUUUGGUGGCAACCACGAUAACGACCAAUGACACUUCCAGCGGAGACCCGUCAGGUGACGCCGAGUCCCAGAGUCCCCACAUCCUGCCUACCGUGCUCGUCAUCUCUGUGCUGCUUGUCAUCAGCAUACUGCUGGCGUGGUACUUCUUCAGGUUAAGAAACCAGAGAAAGGAGGUCGUCAUAACAGUCGACAAGAAAAUACCAAAUGGAAUCCUGGAAGAACAAGGCGAUAUCGUUGACAUCAUAGACAUCUCAGAGGCGUUAAACACACCAGGUCAGGUAUACGAGCAACAGACAGUGGUGCUGCUCCCCAGAUCCCCCUCUGCCUCUAAAACCUACUCCCCCAUCCCAGUCGACUGUCUGGAGGAGGAGACCAGGAUACGAUCCGCUGACGACGGCAAACUCUUCAGAGAGGAGUUCAAUUCAUUGCCUGCUGGAUAUACCCAGGGGACAUGUGAGGAGGCCAACAAGGAAGUCAACAAAGAAAAGAACAGAUAUCCCAACAUCCUUCCAUAUGACCAUUCCAGGGUGGUGUUAACACAGCUAGAUGGAAACCUCUGUUCGGACUACAUCAACGCUUCAUAUAUCGAUGGCUACACGGACAAAAACAAAUUCAUUGCAGCACAAGGUCCAAAACAAGACACAGUAGCAGACUUCUGGAGGAUGAUAUGGGAACAGAAGACAGCCACUAUCGUCAUGCUGACCAACCUGAAAGAGAGGAAAGAGGACAAGUGUUACCAGUACUGGCCAGACCAGGGCUGUUGGACCUAUGGCAAUGUCCGGGUGGCUGUGGAAGACAUUACUGUGCUGGUGGACUACACCAUACGGAAGUUCUGCAUACAAUAUCAGGCCAGUGACGGCACCAAGCCCUCCAGGCUGGUCACCCAGCUCCACUUCACCAGCUGGCCUGAUUUUGGGGUGCCCUUCUCCCCCAUCGGCAUGCUCAAGUUCCUCAAGAAAGUCAAGACGGUCAACCCCUCCUUCGCUGGUCCCAUCAUGGUCCACUGCAGUGCUGGUGUGGGAAGGACAGGGACCUUCAUUGUGAUUGACGGCGUGAUUGACAUGAUGCACCAAGAGCAGAAGAUUGACGUCUUUGGUUUUGUGUCCAAGAUAAGAGACCAGCGCUCACAGCUCGUGCAGACGGACAUGCAGUACUCGUUCAUCUAUCAGGCCCUGUUGGAAUACUACCUCUACGGCGACACAGAGCUGGACGUGUCAUCUCUGGAAGGACACCUGCACAAACUCCACAACACCCACGCCCCCUUGGACAGGGUCGGUCUGGAGGAGGAGUUCAAAAAACUGACCAACAUGCGGAUAAUGAAGGAGAACAUGAGGAUGGGAAAUCUCCCUGCCAACAUGAAGAAGAACAGAGUGCUCCAGAUUAUUCCAUAUGACUUCAACAGAGUGAUUGUGUCCAUGAGAAGAGGCCAAGAGUUUACCGACUACAUCAACGCAUCUUUUAUAGACGGCUACAGGCAGAAGGACUACUUCAUAGCGACCCAGGGUCCUUUGUCUCACACGGUGGAGGACUACUGGAGGAUGGCCUGGGAGUGGAAGUGUCACUCCAUCGUCAUGCUGACUGAACUACAGGAGAGAGAGCAGGACAAGUGUUUCCAGUACUGGCCCACAGAGGACUCAGUGACCUAUGGAAACUACACUGUAGAGAUCAAGGGAGACACCGUUUGUGACACCUUCAGUCUACGGGACCUGGUACUCACCUACGGCCCAGAUAAGCAGACACGUCUGGUCCGCCACUUCCACUUCCACGGCUGGCCAGAGAUCGGGAUCCCAGCCGAGGGGAAAGGAAUGAUCGACAUCAUCGCCUCGGUGCAGAGACAGCAACAGCAGUCAGGAAACCAUCCCAUCAUCGUACACUGCAGUGCUGGUGCAGGGCGAACAGGUACGUUCAUUGCACUGAGCAAUAUCCUGGAACGGGUCAAGGCGGAGGGGUUACUGGACGUGUUUCAGACGGUGAAGAGCUUACGGAUGCAGAGGCCACAUAUGGUCCAGACCGUGGAACAAUACGACUUCUGCUACCGGGUGGUACAAGACUUUGUGGACAUUUUCUCAGACUAUGCCAAUUUUAAAUGAUGAAAUAUUUGCCUUAAACAUCAUUUUGUUCAAUGUUGUUUUUGAAAUACCACUUGGUCAUGAUUUGCGUUAAAAUGUCCUUAAAAUAAUUAAAUGGUUUUCUAUUUUGCUAUGCACUUGUCCUUACUGUGACUAAAACUCCAUCCCUCGCUGUAAUAUACUGUAUGUCAAUGGGACGAAAAUUGUAAAUGCCAAAAGUAAGAUAAAUAAUGUAUAUCUCACAUCAUGUAUAAAAAAUUAUUUUGUGAUGAAAUUCAAGUGUUAUUUUAACCUUGGUCGCUUUAUUCACAUAUUUAGUUGUUGUAUGAUACUGUACUUUUGUUAAAAUCUUGUUUAUUCAGACUGAGUGUUUAUUGAUUUGACCGUACGUGUAAUAUUUUUGAGUGUGUAGCUAUUGUAAAUGUUUUAUGUAUUGUUGCAGACCUUCCAUUUAUUGCAUUCUAAGAACAUCAUGUGAAUAUUAUUAAGAUAUUCGGACAUUUAUCGAUGACUUCUAUCUGUGACUAGAGGUGAUGACUCAUCUGUCUUUAAUUUUAUUGGAAAUAACCCAUUUUUAAAAUAUUAAGGUCUUUACAAUGCAAGAUAAGUCUUUUUUUUUUUUUUUUUUUUUGAGCCACAAUGUCAAGAACACAAAAAAUAUGCAAAGUAUCGAUAUCAAGUUAAGCCUUUAUUAUUGACUAGGAUAAUAGUAAAAAACAUAUUAAGGAAUUGUAAGAAUUUGUUUCCAUUAAUGUGAUGGAAGUGGAUAGUCUACUUCAGUCCAGCAAAGUGAUAUGCAACUGCACAUAUAAUAUCAAGGUACCAGUAGCACUAAUACUACCAUACUGCAGUUUCUGUCCGUCCACAACGGCAAAUAUUUAGCUAAAGCCACUGCACAUAUUCUGAAGCACAUGUACAUUGCCAAGCAUACUACCAAGGAAUAUUACAGAUACAUUUCAAAUAUGUUAAAUCUGAAAAGUGAUAAUAGUCAUCAUUUGGUAUAUAUAUAUAUAUAUAUAUUGUGUAUUGCCUAAUAUCGGUGGAUACAUCUUAAAUGAAUGCAGUCCUGAACUGCCCAUAUAUCUGAGAAGUGAUAUGUAUUAUUGUACCUAAUUGGAAGGAGUCUGCUGAUGCUGUGCCAAAUAAGUCUAGGAACAAAGCACAACUCAUUCUGAUCUGACGCAACAGUCAGUGUGACGUACAAUGAAAAGAUCAAACGUAAGUGCAUCUAAAUGAACUCAACACAAUAUAAAAAAAAAAAAAGCACAAAGGAUGGACAAAACUCCUUUUUAUUUCAAAUAAUGAUCCUCAAUCUGUUAAUAAAAUAUCCAUGCAAAUGCCAUACCUUUUAGUAUUUAAACAUCUGUGUACAUUAUAGUGUACUGGCUUCCACCAAUCCCGUGAAAUACAGAGAUCCUCAUUAUGACAUCACAGCAUUUACGUUGUUGUGAAAGAUUAGGUCGGGGGGGGGGGAACCCCAACAAAACAUUACCUCAAACGCCAGUGGUGCUUCAAUGCCAGUUUUAUAAGGGCGCCCUUCUAGGAAUCUCAGAUAAGACCACCCGAAGGGUCCAGAAGACCAGACACACGCUCCUCUAUUUCUUUAGAACAUGUUGAAAUAUGUCAUGUCAUGUUGAUACAACAGGGAGGAGGAAGAACUAACCAUGUGAAGUACACAAUUAAACAAGGAAAUCGUCUGUAGAGAUGGAAUUAUGUUUAACAGUUGGAACAUGGAAUUGUUGGAUGCUGUGUCAGAUGUGAUUUGUUGUUCUGGAGGAAUGGCCCAACUUAACCCCGUCUCCCUGGACCUCUUUUUAAUCGGUUCUGUGUUUUGAUAAAGAUGGAGGAGGGUGUUUUCAGGUCACACCUCUUCCACUUUAGUUUUCUGCUUUUCAUAGUCGGCCUCUCUUGGAUUCUCAAUGUCUUUUAAAUGCUGGGUUGCAAUAUUAAAUUAAUUGAAAAACCUA